UGGCUCCGCGCUAAGCGCAAGAAAGCUGAUGGCAGCAGAAGAGGCCGCGAACGCUGAGCCCGUCCCAACGGAUGCCGGGCCCGUCGAGGAGAAGCCCAAGGACGAGAAGCCAAAGGAGAUCAAGAAGGUCAGCAAGCCAGACGACGCUCUGCUGAAGCAGCGUCUGCAGGAGCAGGACGACAAGCUCGUGGACAAGCAGGCGCGGCUGGAGCAGAUCAAGGCGACGGUGGACACGCGCAACCAGCCGACCGAGAACGCCGAGUUCACGGCCGCUCGCAGCAAGUUCAACGUGGUCCGCGCCGAAUCGCGCCGGCUGCUGCAAGAGAAGCGGUCCAUCUAUGACCAGAUCUCCUCGGCGGACGAGCUCAAGAAGCAGCAGCAGGACCUGACCCAGCGGCUAAAGGCGGAGCUGCAGUUCUUCUCCGUCGAGGACAUCGAGCGGAAGAUCAAGGCGCUGGAGAUGCAGCAGCAGACCACCUCCACCUCGGUCAAGGAGGACAAGAAGAUCAUCGAGGACAUCAAGCGGCUCGCCGCAAACAAGCCAAUGAUCAAGCAGUUCGACGAGGCGCAGGAGUCGCUGCGCGGGGUCAAGGAGCACCACAACGAGCUGUACACCCAGCUCAAGGCCAAGAACGCCGAGCUCAACUCCUCCAAGGAGGAGGAGGAGAAGUGGCGCGCCGAGAUGGACGCGGCCAAGGCGAAGGAGGACGCAAAGCGCUCCGACCUGCCCGCCCUCUACAAGGAGCGCGACCAGCUGCGCAAGGAGAUCGGCGAGAUCCGCGACGAGGCGCGGCGGAGGGCCCCGCACCCGCACCCCCGCCGCGCGUCUAUCCUCGACCGGCUCCUCCUCUCCUCCCUCUCCCCCGGCCCUCGCCCCGCCCUCGCCCCGGCCCUCGCCGCCCUCGGACCGCCCUCGCCCUCGCCCCGCCCUCGCCCCCGGCGGCGUCCCUCCCUCGGUCCGCACCCGGUCGGGCCGCCACCCACCGCAGUUUCGUCUUCGACCAUCGCCGCCCGCGCGCAGGUGCGCCGCAUCCGCGACGAGCACAACGAGCAGCGCAAGGAGUGGUUCGCCUACACCAAGGCGAUCCGCGAGCAAAAGCAAAAGGAGUGGGAGGCGCGCAACGCGGCGCGCGAGGCGGAGCGGGAGGCGUGGCGCCUGGCUAAGGAGGAGGAGGAGGCGAAGCGCGACCCGUGGGAGGAGGAGAAGUACCUCUGCGAGCAGCUCAUCAGCUAUGUCGAGAAGUACCUGCCCAAGGCCGCGGUCGAGGUGGAGGCCAAGAAGGAGGUCUCGCCUGAGGAGGCGCCAAAGGGCACCAAGGUGCUCAAGCGCGACGACGACGACGACUACCUCGCCGCGCUCAAGUCGAAGAAGGGCAAGCGGAAGGGCGGCACGGCCGGCCCGGGCGGCGGCGCGGCGGCGCCGCACAAGCCGAAGCCGACCAAGCUCAGCCACUCGGUCGACUCGCUCGCCUCGUUCGCAAAGCUGGGCUUCACCGCGCCGGCCUCGUCGGACGACUGCCCCGCACUGCACACGGAGCUGCUCGCCAAGCGCGAGUGGCUCAAGACGGCGCCGCCCAAGAAGAAGAAGGAGAAGAAGGAGGAGAAGGCGGAGGAGAAGGAGGAGAAGGAGGAGGAGAAGGAGGAGGAGGCGGCCGAGGGGGCCUCGGCGUCGGGGGAGGCGCCGGCCUUUGACGAGGCGGCGGACCUGAAGAAGAAGCAGGAGGACCUGGCGCGCAAGGCCAAGGAGGCGGCCGCGGUGGAGGAGGAGCGCGUGCGGAAGAUGCAGGAGCUCGAGGCGUCGGGCAAGAAGGCGGCGGGCGGCCUGCACAAGUUUGACGCCUCGGAGGUGGACGUGCACGGCGGGGACGCGACGGCCGACGACCUGAUGGACGCGUUUGGCUUUGGCGACGUGGGCGAGGGCGGCGGCGACGAGGAGGAGGCGCCUGGGCCGGCGCCCGCAGCGGCGGAAGCGGCUGCCAACGGGUCGUCGGAGCUGGUCACGAUCCAGGCGACCUCGGAGAGCACCGUGAAGGUUGGUCUCCACCUCGGGGGGGAGGCGGCGGGCGAGGCGCCCGCCGCCGGUGCGGCGGCGCCGGCCUUUGACGAGGCGGCGGACCUGAAGAAGAAGCAGGAGGACCUGGCGCGCAAGGCCAAGGAGGCGGCCGCGGUGGAGGAGGAGCGCGUGCGGAAGAUGCAGGAGCUCGAGGCGUCGGGCAAGAAGGCGGCGGGCGGCCUGCACAAGUUUGACGCCUCGGAGGUGGACGUGCACGGCGGGGAUGCGACGGCCGACGACCUGAUGGAGGCGUUCGGCUUCUGAGCAGCCCUCGAAACGCUGCACCCCGCCUAGCUCGUCACACCCCACCCGCCGCCGCCGCUGUGCGUCAGACGGCAGCUCAGAGAGCGUAUGCGCCGUCGGGGUGUUUUGUUUUUGGAGCGCUUGGAGCACUUUGCUUGUUCCUCUCUUGCUUUUAUCAUCCUUUCAGAUGAGUUAUCUCGCGCA